ACUCCAGAGAGUUCCACCUCCCUCUGCCUCCUGAGUGCUGGGAUUAAAGGUGUGCACCACCGCCGCCAGGCUGAAGGCUUUUUUCUAUGCCGGGGAUCUCAGCCUUUGACGAACCUCCACUGAGACUGGGGUCUUGCAUUUAAACUAAGGCAAGAGCCGGAUAAAAAGCUGGGGGUGGUAACUCACACCCGUUGUGCUGGAGAGGCAGAAACAGGAAAGUCCUCGGAAACUAGUUGGCUAGCUAGUCUUGCUGAAUACCUGAGCUGCUACAGUUUCAAAGAGAAACCUUGUCUCCAAAACUCAAGGGGAGACCCAUGGCCGCUCUACGCCACACGCACACGCGCCCACACGCCUAACACGCAAGGUGUGUGUGGUGGCUACAAUAAAGAAAUGACAGCUUCUUAGAAUCAACGCUGUUCUCCGAGCCUCCGAUGCGCCAGGGGGCGCUGUAGCUGAUCUAUCCGGACUCCGGGGCUUCAGUCUCCCGCGCCACCCACGCGAUGGGCUCCGAGGCAGCUCAGCUGCUGGAGGCUGCAGACUUCGCCGCUCAGAAACACCGGCAGCAGCGACGGAAAGAUCCCGAAGGGACUCCCUACAUCAACCACCCUAUCGGUGUGGCCCGGAUCCUAACCCAUGAGGCGGGAAUCACAGACAUUGUGGUGUUACAGGCGGCCCUGCUCCAUGACACAGUAGAAGACACAGACACUACCCUGGAUGAGGUAGAGCUGCACUUUGGAGCCCAGGUUCGGGGCUUGGUGGAGGAAGUAACAGAUGACAAGACUCUGCCCAAACUGGAAAGAAAGCGGCAGCAGGUGGAGCGAGCACCCCACAGCAGCCCAGGGGCCAAGCUGGUGAAGCUGGCAGACAAACUAUACAAUUUGAGGGACCUGAAUCGCUGCACCCCUCAAGGAUGGUCAGAACAUCGAGUCCAGGAGUACUUCGAGUGGGCGGCACAGGUGGUGAAGGGGCUCCAGGGAACGAACCAGCAACUGGAAGAGGCCCUCAAGCAGCUCUUCGAGGAGCGAGGGCUGACUCUUUGAGCCGCGCUUGGUGACAUCCUGUGGCAUGGCUCCAGCAAGGCCCAGGCAAGAGGGGAUCCUUCCUGCAGCAUUUCAGAGCCUCCCCGGCUCUCACAUUCCCUCCCUCAGCUCGUACAUUACAGGCUAAAAACGUCUGCAUUCUUACUCAGCCGAGCCCCCAGGGUGGGAAUCAGAUAUACCCAUCCAUCCUUGUACUCACAGCCUUUCCUCAAGCCUUGGGUCUGUUUGCUGUGUUUCAUGGUGGGACCUCUGGCCCUCCGGGGACUUAAGGUUGCGUGAGCUUUGGUUUAUAAGCCAUGGAAAAUAAAGCACUUAGGGUAAAGCGUAAA